AUGUCCCGCGAGAAGCCGCCGAAGCCCGCGCCGCCCGUGGUCUCCACGGGCUGCUCCGGCCUCAUGUCCUGCUCCUGCCUCUCCCGCCACCGCCGCGGCCCGCAGCACCAGCAGCCUGCGCCGGCGCCGGCGCCGGCGCCGCCGCGAAAAAGCGACGACGACGGUGGCGCCAGCGACGCGGCCUUCGAGGUCGCGGAGAGGUGCUGGAAGAGGGUGCAGCACCUGGAGGAGGAGGUCAAGAGGCUGAGCGGCCACGAGGUGAGGCUGCAGGUGCCAGGCGCCACCGACCGCGUCGUCAGGGGCCGCGCGGCGGAGGGAGGCGGCAAGGUCACGGCGGAGGGCGGCAGCGUGAGCACGGGCACGGCCACGACCGCCUCCGCCACGAGGGGUGGCAGCGUCGGCCACGGCGCCUGCUGCGGCGUGCAGGAGGUGGUGAGGCUGGAGGACGGCAGCUACAUGCGCGAGGUCAUGCGACUUGGGCGCCCGUGGGAGCGGCUGGCCGUGCAGGUGUCGCGGCCCGCCGUCCCCGCGGACGCGGCGAGCGCGUCUGAGGUUCUUGGCAAGAUGGCAGCGAUGAGGGCCGAUGACCUGUGCAAGUUCCUGGUCCAGUUAAUGCCGCUGAAGGACAUCACCGGCCAGAAGAACCCCGGCGAGCCCUUGCGCCGGACGGCGAGGCCGAUCUCGGGGGACGACCUCGUGGAGGCUCUCGUCCUCGACGCAAUGGGCAAGCUGGAAUAUCUGGUCCUGGAAGGCCUCAAGAUCCAGAUGGCCUCACCGGCUACCGAACCCGCCGCCGCCGCCGCCGUCGGCGACGGGAGGCGGGACAAGGCCGUCGCCAGAAAGGACUGCAUGGUCCACGUGGUUCUGAUGCAGGCGAGGGAUCCGAAGGAAAGGUACGGCGCCAUCGGCGACCCCAUGAUCGGGCUGAUCGAGACAUCUCUGGAGAAGAAGAAGGAUGCCACGGCGAGACUGCGGAUGCUGGGGCUGCAUGUUGCCGGGAUCAGCCUCGCAAUCAGGACGCCCAGUGAUGGACGCAGAUGCGUGCUGUGGAGUGCGUAUCUGAGGCGAUGCAACGACGGCGACGGCGACGGCGGAGGCGAUAUCUGCCGGUGCAUUUGCGUUCGAAAUCCGAAUCGUGUCUUACCCUCCGUGUGAUGGGUCUGGCCCCACAUGUCGGUAACACAAAACCUUGUUUGUUUUUUUUGGUGUGCAGGACCUGCACGUGUAAUAGACAUUUUUUUUUCUUAUUUGAAAGCCAUUAUUUGCAGUAUUUUAAAGGAUGAUCUUUGGCGUGUAAUAGCCAAAUUUUUUUAUAAUUGAAAGCCAUUAUUUUCAGUAUUA